CCACGUAAAUCUUUCUGUAAAACCAGUCCAGUUGGUGGCGGUAAUGUACAGAUAACUGGUAGGCCAGGACCAUGGAUGAAGAAGAAGAAAAAGAAGGCGAUGAAGAAGGAAAAAAAUUAAAAACCUGGAAUUAUUAUUACAUCCCAGUACUACUCCAAAGGUUGACAACAGGAGCUGGUUGUGGUUUUAACUCCGAGAAUCUUUUAAUGGAGUCAGCAGAGCUUUGUGAGAAUUUGAAAACUGAGUUUUGCAUGACUUCAGAUGGGGGGACUUCAGACUUUGUGGAAUUUGUUAUCCCCAUCGCUGUGGAUCAACAGAAGCCUAUAAAAAAAGAAGAACUUGAAGAUGAGGACUAUCUCUAUGGAGCACCAUUGGGACGUGUUAAUACUGCUGACCAACAGACUGGAGGUUUUCAGAGGAGACCUAUAAAAGAGGAAGAACCUGAAGAUGAUAAUGAGUUCCUCUACUGUGAGGACUGCAGAUCCUACUUCAUCAACAAGUGUGAGGUUCACGGUCCGGCUCUUUUUAUCUUCGAUACCCCUGUUCCUCGAGAUGUUGCAGACCGAGCAAUACAAACCCUUCCACCCGGUCUAGAGGUUCGAAAGUCUGACAUUCCUGAUGCAGGCUUAGGGGUGUUUAAUAAGGGAGAGACUAUUCCACUUGGUGCACACUUUGGGCCUUAUGAGGGAGACCUGGUGGACAGAGCAGAAGCCAUGAAUAGUGGCUAUUCUUGGGUGAUAUCCAGGAGCAGGCGGUGUGAGAAAUACAUAGACGGCCGGAGAGAGAUGCAUUCUAACUGGAUGAGGUAUGUGAACUGUGCUCGUUACGUAGAAGAACAGAAUCUUGUGGCUUUCCAGUAUCGAGGAGGCAUUCUCUAUCGUUGCUGUCAACCCAUCAAAACAGGACAAGAACUCUUGAUGUGGUACAAAGAUGACUACGGCAAAAACCUUGGACUUGCAUUCGACUACCUCUGGAAGAAAAAAUGCUCUUCAAGUAGUUAUAAAUGAACGAUGACCUACUUUUCUCCUGCUCCUGGUGUCAGCUUUCCUACACAUCUCAGUUUCAUCUUGACAGUCACAUAAAGAGAAGCCACUCUGAGGACAACAUGAGAUUUUUUAGAUCAAGUGAAAUUGUAAACG